CCCGCUGUCAGCUGGAGGAAGCGGAGUAGGAAGCGGCCGCGAUGUCCUUUUGUCCUACAAGCCGCCGGCGGCGCCGCCGAGUGAGGGGACGCGUCGCGGCGGGGCGGCGCGGCCCGAGGAGGCGGCGGAGGAGGGGCCGCCCGCGGCCCCCAGCUCACCCCGGCUCUCCUGGCCGCUCGGCCCCCAUGCCUGCCCGCCCGCCCUGCCGGAGCCCCAGGUGACCAGCGCCAUGUCCAGCCAGGUGGUGGGCAUUGAGCCUCUCUACAUCAAGGCAGAGCCAGCCAGCCCUGACAGCCCAAAGGGUUCCUCGGAGACUGAGACUGAGGCCCCUGUGACCCUGGCUCCUGGCCCAGCUCCCACCCGCUGCCUCCCUGGCCACAAAGAGGAGGAGGAUGGGGAGGGGGCUGGGCCUGGUGAGCAGGGUGGUGGGAAGUUGGUGCUCAGCUCCCUGCCCAAACGCCUCUGCCUGGUCUGUGGGGACGUGGCCUCCGGCUACCACUAUGGUGUGGCAUCCUGUGAGGCCUGCAAAGCCUUCUUCAAGAGGACCAUCCAGGGGAGCAUCGAGUACAGCUGUCCGGCCUCCAACGAGUGCGAGAUCACCAAGCGGAGACGCAAGGCCUGCCAGGCCUGUCGCUUCACCAAGUGCCUGCGGGUGGGCAUGCUCAAGGAGGGGGUACGUCUGGACCGUGUCCGGGGUGGGCGACAGAAGUACAAGAGGCGGCCAGAGGUGGACCCACUGCCCUUCCCAGGCCCCUUCCCCACUGGUCCUCUGGCAGUGGCUGGAGGGCCUCGGAAGACAGCCCCAGUGAAUGCACUGGUGUCCCACCUGCUGGUGGUUGAGCCCGAGAAGCUGUAUGCCAUGCCUGACCCAGCGGGCCCUGACGGACACCUCCCGGCCGUGGCUACCCUCUGUGACCUCUUUGACCGAGAGAUCGUGGUCACCAUCAGCUGGGCCAAGAGCAUCCCAGGCUUCUCGUCACUGUCGCUGUCUGACCAGAUGUCAGUCCUGCAGAGUGUGUGGAUGGAGGUACUGGUGUUGGGUGUGGCCCAGCGCUCACUGCCACUGCAGGAUGAGCUUGCCUUUGCUGAGGACCUGGUCCUGGAUGAAGAGGGGGCUCGAGCGGCUGGCCUGGGGGAACUGGGGGCUGCCCUGCUGCAACUGGUGCGGCGCCUGCAGGCCCUACGGCUGGAGCGUGAGGAGUAUGUCCUGCUGAAGGCCCUGGCCCUCGCUAACUCAGACUCUGUGCACAUUGAAGAUGCCGAGGCUGUGGAGCAGCUGCGAGAAGCUCUACACGAGGCCCUGCUGGAGUAUGAAGCUGGCCGGGCGGGCCCCGGAGGGGGUGCUGAGCGGCGGCGGGCAGGCAGGCUGCUGCUCACA